AGGACUGCAAUGAAUAUGGCGGCCUCCGGUAGCGGCCUACUCGGCCGCGGCUUGGAUAUCAGCUUGGCGGCUUUACAAAGACAUGACCCGUACAUAACAAGGAUAUUAGAUGUGGCUAGUCAGGUCGCUCUUUAUACUUUCAGCCAGAAGACUAAUGAGUGGGAGAAGACUGAUGUAGAGGGAACACUGUUUGUUUACACAAGGUCUGCAUCUCCAAAACAUGGCUUCACCAUCAUGAACCGACUGAGCAUGGAGAAUCGAACAGAGCCUAUCACUAAAGACCUUGACUUUCAGCUGCAAGACCCAUUUCUGCUGUACCGGAAUGCCAGAUUUUGUAUUUAUGGAAUAUGGUUUUAUGACAAAGAAGAAUGCCAAAGAAUUGCUGAACUUAUGAAAAAUCUUACCAAGCAUGAACAGCUGAAAGCCCACCAUGAAACUGGUGUGUCUCCAAUGACCCUGAAUUCCGGAGAAGGGAAGGAGGUAGACAUAUUGCAGAUGUUAAACAAAGCAAAGGAAGAAUACACUAAGUGUAAGUCCUCUUCUGAGCCCAAGCAAAUAACCAGCUCAUCGGCUAUCUACAACAACCCAAAUCUCAUCAAACCCAUAGCGGUUAAACCCAAUGAGGACCAGCAACAGAAGACCGAUUCGGCUGGUGAUCAAGACAUUCAGUAUUUAUCCCUCACAGCUCUCUUUGGGAAGCCAACAAAGCUCCAAGAAGAUGUGACACACCACAUAAAGACCCAUUUAGCGCAUCACACAGUUGUCCGCUCUCUAUCCUAUGAAGAACCAAGCACAGUACCUGAGGACUGUGAGAAGCAACUGUGUCCAGCAAUCCAAAAACUAUUAGUACGAGGAGCUGAAUUGCACCCUGUCUCUGAGAUACCAGAAAACAGACAGUGCUUGAAUGGCACUUUUCAUCCUGCUGAAGAUAUCUUCAGUGGCCUCUCUCAACCCAUGUUGACUCCUGCCUCCUUCCAUGUCCAUAACAGUGAAAAUGGGAAGAGUCUCCUGCAAAAGCUUCAUGUACCUCAGUCUGCAUUUACCACACAUGACCAAGGGGCUCCUACCACAGCACAAGGAUUAACUGGAGAGAGAGCCUCUGCCUUUGGAAAGAGCACAGUACAGGUGCCUUUAAAUUAUUAUGAGACUUCACUACAAAGUACAUCAGCAUCUAUGCCUCCCUUACCUGUGUCUUCUCAGCUGCCCCCAGCCUCUAGGUCCAUUUCCCCGCAGGAGCUGCUGAAGAAGUUACAGUUGGUACGCCAAGAACAGCAGCUUCACUCCAAUACCAGGCCUGCUCUCGCCGCAAAGUUCCCUGUGGUGUCUCAGAGUGGCCCAAAUUCCUCUUGGGGAGAGAAGAUAUCAGGAGAGAAACAAAAAACACUUUUCCAGGUCAGUUCUCCCCAGCGAAUCCCAGCUACUGUGCCGCCAACACUUCUUUUGUCUCCUAUGGUGUUUACCCAAUCGAACCACCAGACUAGGCCAAGUGACAGCAAAAGUAUGACUGUUUCUUCCAAAGAAUGCUCUGUUGGAUCUACAAAUUUACUGGCACCUAUGCCAGUUCCUGAUGCUCCUGUUUGCAGCAGUGUUUUUCUUACCAAGACCCAGCUACAAGAGACUCUACUGCACCUUGUUCAAAAUGACAGUGACUUCUUGAAUACAAUCUACGAAUCCUACCUGUCCGUUCUGGUCAAAGGAAGUGCUCCUGGCAGAAAGAUUUGAUCAUUUAUUACCAUCUGUGUUAACAUUCCAGGAAGUGACUUGAGUGAUGGCUAAAACUAGGGGCGGUGCAAGGAAACACCAGUUUAUGUCACAGAUUAACCAUAGCUAUUCUUCAACAUUCAAAACCUUCUUUCCCCAAUACAGAAUUUUAAUAUUUACCUAUAGAAAAGACAUUUUUAAAAUUAAAUUCUUACAAAAAUGUGUGGUAUAUGAGCAGAUAUUUCUAAUAUUUUAUUACCAUCAACUCUUAUGGACACUAAUUAUUUUGGUCCAUGUUUACUAUUAAAAGUCCUCUUCCAGCCUGGAAUCACACGAUAGUGCCUUGAAUAUAUUGUGUCUAUAUUCGUAACAAAUAGGUAUUUUAAUACAAAGACAAUCUAUAUGAUGUAAUGUUUCUGAGGAUUUCAGUUGUGUUUAUUUAUUUAGUUUUACAAAACAUUUGUCUCAUGAUUUAUUGGCAGACACUGUCUUGAGAACUUAAUAGAUGGAUAGGCGGAAUAUUAACAUGUAUGUAAUGAAAUGUUUUAUCUUUCUCAUUAUUUCUAAUGGAAACCACAGAUUACAACAUUGUAUAUUUUUCUGAGCAUUUUGAAAUUUCCUGAACUUUCUUUUUCUUUUUUUACUUUUAAAGAUUGAACCAUGUUAACCCUUUUGUCAAUAAAAUUAUAUAAACUGAAUAAGUGCAGAUCUGAGAAAAAUGGCAACAUAGUUGUUUUGUUUAGGUAGCUACACUCUUAAUUUAUUGCACGGUGUAAUGACUUUAUUUAUAUAUAUAUAUUUGCAGUUGUUAAGAGUGGGGAUGCCAGUGAGUAGGGAUGUAUAUUCAGAUCAAUCGACCGCUAACGAAUAAGGAAGAUGGCAGGUGCCGGCGGCAUUAGUCUAUUUUCAGAGACGGUUUUUUUUCUUGGGAAAGUGCAACACACUGAGACCUGGAUUUGCACAGAUCUUACUGUUUUUUACUUUCACAAGAAGAAAUCUGGCUUCAAAAAGAGCCAAAUUCUGCUUGUGGUCUCCAUCUUUCCCAUUCGUUACCUACGAAUUACCUGAAUACACAUCCCUACCAGAGAGUAACACCGGCCUAGACUUACUAAGGAGUCUAAGGACUAUCUAGUGAGACAAAGCUUUUAUUCCUUUGGUACCUAUUUGACUUGACAGGAUGAACAAGGGAUUGGAAAGCUUUCUGUCCCUGAAUUUUAAAGGACUUAGUCAAUUGUUUUGGCUAAAUCUGAGUCUAUACAAAGAUCAAUUUUAAUAGAAAUAUAUAAUUUAACAUUUUUAGCACACAAUGUUUUAGGCGCAUAAUUUUAUAUGCAGGACCAGUGUAUAUUUGAGUAAAUAUAAGGCCCAUUCCGAGCAAAAGAGAAUUGCAGAGCUGUCUUAAAAUUCUGAAAUUUGGGAUUACCACAUAAAUAAAUAAAAAUGUAUAUAAUAAGUAUUAGUUGCACUAGAGGUUUAAAUAUUUUAUCUGUUUUGCCACUUACCUUUGUCUUAUCUGUUCACCUUAGUGGGAAUAUAUUGAUAAUAUUUUGACAAAACAGCAAAAAGAUAAAACCCAUUAUUACCAAAUCAAUUAAAUUGGUUACCCUUUUUCAAGCAAAGUUAUUACGUUUUUCAAUAAAAUAAAUGUCAUUAUGGGUAUAUUUACUGCAACAAAUUGCAUUACUAAUGUGAGCACAUUAAAGGGAUACUAAACCCACAUUGUUUUCCUUAAUGAUUCAGAUAGAGCAUGCAAUUUUAAGCAUCUUUCUAAUUUUCUCCUAUUAUAAACUUGUCUUUGUUCUCUUGCUAUGUUUAUUUUAAAAAGCAGAAAUCUAAGCUUACAAGCCAGCCCAUUUUUGGUACAUCACCUGGGUAGCGCUUGCUGAUUGGUGGCUAAAUGUAGUCACCAAUCAACAAGCGUCAUCCAGGAUGCUGAACCAAAAAUGGUCCGGCUCCUAAGAUUUCUGCUUUAUCAAAUAAAGAUUGCAAGAGAAUGAAGAAAAUGUUAUAAUAGAAAUAAAUUAGAAAGUUGCUUAAAAUAGCAUGCUCUAUCUAAAUCAUUAAAGAAACAAAUUAGGUUUAGUAUCCCUUUAAAUGAUCUCAUAUUUUUUGUGAAUAUGGCCCCGUCCCCACUUGUGUUUUCCAUGAGGAUAUAGAUGUGUGUGUUUAUAUUUCUAUAAAUAUAUACAGUACACACACCAACCCACCAACAAUGAACACUUUUCAAGUAAUGGUAAUCCUCCUUCGGUUAAAAGGCCAGUGCUCUAGAAACCUUUGCAGUCAAACUAAAACUAUGUAGGUUAUUUUUCAUUUAAAAGUGAUUAUACAUAUUUAUUUACUUGUAAAGGUCUGAACACAAAUUAUUUUUCAGUUGUUUUUAAGAUAUAAAAUGUAGAUAAAUUAUUGGGAGGUGUUUUUUUAUCGCUUAGCACUUUUGGUGUAAAAUAUGUUGUUGUGUCUUGCAAGAUUCUUCCUAAUAAAUAUAUUUUCAACAAGAAA